UGACCUCAUACCACCGGUUUAGCCGCACAAGGUAUUCACAGCUUCAGUGCAGCCCUAUUUAUCAAUCAACCUGUUUCAUCAACACACAGUUCACAUAGUUCAAUUUUCAAAUCUAUAUAUCUAUCACCUUCAGAUGGCUUCAUCCACCCUUAUCUGUGACAUAGAGCCCUGGAAGGACUUGAAGGCUCAUGUUAAUGAUAUUAAAAAGACUCAUUUACGAGAAUUGAUGGGUGACACUGCGCGAUGCAAGUCAAUGAUGGUUGAGUUUGAUGGGUUACUAUUGGACUACUCGAGGCAGUGUGCCACCCUAGACACCUUGGAUAAACUCUUCAAAUUGGCAGAGGCAACAUGUCUCAAACAAAAGAUUAAUAGAAUGUUCAACGGGGAGCAUAUAAACAGCACAGAGAAUAGGUCGGUUCUUCACGUUGCCCUUCGUGCUUCAAAGGAUGCAGUUAUACAAAGUGAUGGGAAGAAUGUGGUCCCCGAUGUUUGGCAAGUUCUGGACAAGAUCCGGGAGUUCUCUGAGAGGGUUCGCAGUGGUUCCUGGGUUGGAGCAACAGGAAAAGCACUAAAGGAUGUUGUUGCUAUUGGUAUUGGUGGCAGCUUCUUAGGUCCUCUGUUUGUGCACACCGCCCUCCAAACAGAUCCAGAGGCUAUUGAAUGUGCAAGAGGACGCCAACUGCGUUUUCUUGCAAAUGUUGAUCCAAUUGAUGUUGCAAGAAAUAUCACAGGAUUGAACCCUGAAACUACAUUAGUUGUGGUGGUUUCAAAAACUUUUACAACGGCCGAAACAAUGUUGAAUGCUCGGACGCUGAGGGAAUGGAUCUCAUCUGCUUUAGGGCCUCAGGCAGUUGCAAAGCAUAUGGUUGCUGUCAGUACUAAUCUUACGCUUGUGGAGAAGUUUGGGAUUGAUCCUAAUAAUGCAUUUGCAUUCUGGGACUGGGUCGGGGGCCGAUAUAGUGUUUGUAGCGCUGUUGGAGUGUUACCUUUAUCUCUCCAAUACGGUUUCUCAGUUGUUGAGAAGUUUUUGAAGGGAGCUUCAAGCAUUGAUCAACAUUUCUAUUCAGCACCUUUUGAGGAAAACUUACCUGUGCUUUUGGGUUUGUUGAGCAUAUGGAAUGUCUCAUUUCUUGAUUAUCCAGCAAGAGCCAUUCUUCCUUACUCUCAAGCCCUCGAGAAGUUUGCCCCACAUAUUCAGCAGGUUAGCAUGGAAAGCAAUGGAAAAGGGGUAUCAAUUGAUGGUGUGCCUCUUCCCUAUGAGGCCGGUGAAAUUGAUUUCGGUGAACCAGGAACAAAUGGUCAGCACAGCUUUUACCAAUUAAUUCACCAGGGGCGUGUUAUUCCUUGUGACUUUAUUGGUAUUGUGAAGAGUCAGCAACCUGUGUAUCUGAAAGGUGAAGUGGUGAGUAACCAUGACGAGCUAAUGUCUAACUUUUUUGCACAGCCAGAUGCCCUUGCUUACGGGAAGAAACCCGAAGAGUUGCAAAAUGAGAAUGUUGCCCAGCAUCUUAUUCCUCACAAGACCUUCUCUGGCAAUCGACCUUCUCUUAGCCUUCUACUUCCAUCAUUAAAUGCUUAUAAUAUUGGACAGUUGUUGGCAAUCUACGAACACAGAAUUACUGUGGAAGGCUUCAUAUGGGGUAUCAAUUCUUUCGACCAGUGGGGAGUUGAGUUAGGAAAGUCGCUGGCUUCCCAAGUCAGAAAGCAACUUAAUGUCUCUCGUAAGAAAAGAGAACCAGUUGAGGGCUUCAACUUCAGUACCACAACAAUGUUAACAAAAUAUUUGGAGGCAACGGCUGAUAUCCCUUCGGAUCCUCCCACUCUUUUGCCACACAUGUGACCGUCUUUUCCGGAGAAAAUAUUUAGUAAUCAAGUCGGGCAUCUUCAUGGUCAGAACCUCCUUCAGUGAAGGGAACCAUCUAUUCUCAACUUGAACGCUUUGCCCUGCAUAUCGUGUCUACGAUCCUUGUUUUCUUUGCAGAUUGAGUUUCUAUGCUUUUCCGUUACUGUACAAAUUUUGACUGUUCUAAUAAGUUUUGAUUGUUCUAAGAUAUUGUUGUAGUAUUUGCUCGAGGGGCAUAAGUAGUAUCAUUAUAAGAAGAAAUCACAUGUAUAUAUAUAUAUGGCACCGCCAACUUUCUUAUAAGAAACGGUUUUGUGAACUU